GAAUGGCAGCAGGCACCGAGGCCAAUCAGCUCUGAUCCCCCGUCCCCGCCUGCAGUCUGCCGUCCAAAUGCUGGGCCGCCUCCAUCUCCGCCUCCGACCCCUCGGCCGCCUCUCCUCCCUCCAACCCCCCUUCCCUCCUCCGCUGCUCCUCCCCACCACCGCCGCCGCCGCCCACACCACUCCCACAUCCCCUGCAAACCGCCCCACUCUUUCACCAGCUUGUAAACAACCAUCUCCGACUACCCUUCUCCUCCUCCACCAGUCCACGAAUCGAAGAGCAGGAAAAGGAGGAGAAGGAAGCUUCUGCACAAAUCGAGCUGCUGUGGACGCCGCGGCGGACGUCUCCGCUCCCUUCUACUCCGCCCACAUUCGUUGCCGCAAACGAGAUGCCGAGGCUCUAUCAGAAGCUCUUAUGUGCUUUGGUGCAAAUUGUAUUAGCAUGGAUGAAUUAAGUGAUCAUGGAGAUCAUGAUGAAAUCUGCCUAACUUCAAUUUUUCCGGAUGGACAAGAUGUGAGCGCAUGUAUCUCGAAUGCUGCAAGUUCCGUUGGUUUGGAUUAUGUACCGAAUUAUGAAGUCUCAAUGGGUAAGCAGUGUGAUUGGGUGACAAAUGCACAGGACUUGCAUACUGUUGUAAGAUGGAACUUUCAUGAAAUACCUUUCUCGAAGGUUCUAUUAUAUAUUGAUUUUGACCCACGGGCAACAAAUAUUCUUCUGAAUCCAGGGUUGGCUUUUGGGACUGGGGAGCAUCCUACUACCAAGUUGUGUUUGUUGCUGCUACAUGAAGCCAUAAAAGGUGGAGAGCACUUUUUUGACUAUGGUACAGGCUCCGGAGUAUUAGGAAUUGCAGCACUGAAGAUGGGGGCUGCAAUGUCUGUAGGGAUAGAUAUAGAGCCCCAGGCUGUGACUUCUGCACGAGAAAAUCUUUCCCUAAAUGGAAUUGAAUCUAGCAAAAUGUCAGUUUACUUGGUUCCGAGCAAAGUCAACUCACCAAAUAUUGAAUCUGCAAAGGCGAAAUUCGACAUUGUCAUAGCCAAUAUACUUAUGAAUCCUCUAAUGGAACUGGCUGAAGAUAUUGUUUCUUAUGGAAAGCCAGAAGCCGUCGUUGGUGUCUCGGGAAUUUUGUGUGAGCAGGUUCUGCAGAUUAAAGAAGUUUACUCACAGUACUUGGAUAAUAUAUGGGUCUCCGAAAUGGAAGGUUGGGCAUGUCUCCGUGGGACGAAAAAGAGGAUCUGACACCGUGUUUGUUCAAAGCAGAUUCACCUCACAAUCAUAAUUUCAGCCGAAUUGAAGAAUUCAAUCUAACCUUCUCGCAGAACUUGGUUCUGUUUUUGUUGUAUUAUGAUUCUACUGUAGACUAGUAGUAUCUGUACAGAGGUGUAGCUGCAAUAACUAAUUUUGUUUCAGAAUGAGGACAAUUAGAUUCUAAAUGCAUUCUGUUAAGGGUUCA